ACGUCACAUGACUUGUCUAACGGCGCUAAGAUGUGAGAGCCGGAGAGGCUGAACAUGGACACUCGGAGCGGACUUUUGACGCACUUUAUUGAGCACUCCACGUGAGGGCUGCUCGUGUCGGCGCGGCGGUUUAACUCGCCGGGUUCAUCUCAAGUGGUUCCGGUCGUCAUUUCCUAACUUUAGCGAUGUAACGGUGGCCGGAAAACACUUUUUCUUCGGUCGUCGUCGCGAUGGCGGAGCGGACUCCUCUCCUCCACUACCGCCUCUCCACCAGCGUCAAUGAAUCCGAGCCGCGGUCACCCGAGUCCGGCCAGGCCCCGGCGCGUCAGCCGGGCGGCCCGCAGCGGCAGAGGUCCGCCCCGCAGCCGCAGCCGAAGAAACUCUCCGUCUUCUUCGGGGUGGUGAUCCCCACCUUGCUGUCGAUGUUCAGCGUGGUGGUGUUCCUCAGAAUAGGAUUCAUGGUGGGCCAGUGCGGACUGUACCAAUCUAUCGCCAUGCUCCUGGUGGCCUACUUCAUCAUCUGCAUGACGGUGCUGUCGGUCUGCGCCAUCUCCACCAACGGAGCCCUGGACGCCGGGGGGGCCUACUACAUGAUCAGCAGAGCGCUGGGCCCCGAGUUCGGCGGCAGCAUCGGCAUCAUGUUCUUCCUGGCCAACGUGUGCGGCAGCGCGCUCUACGUGCUCGGCCUGGUCGAGGCCAUCGUGGCCACCUUCGGCGCGCCGGAAGACGGCUCGGUGGCCACCUCCCCCUUCCAGGUCCUGCCGUCGGGCUACUGGUGGUCUCUGCUCUACGCCACGGGCGUGGCCCUGCUGUGCCUGCUGGUGUGCCUGGUGGGGGCCCACAUCUACGCCAAGGCCACCUUCCUCAUCUUCCUGGUGGUCAUGUUCGUCCUGGGCACCAUCUUCGUCAGCUUCUUCGCCGUGGACCCGCGCGCCAUCGUGCUGCCCGGCUCCGCCUUCAAUCCGCCGGCCAAUGGGACGAGCCCGGCCUUCCCCGCCACCGGCAACUUCACCGGCUUCAAGCUGGACACGCUGCUGGGGAACCUGGGGGCCGACUACGCCCUGGACUACACCACCGACACCGUGAUGACCUUCGCCACCGUCUUCGCCGUCAUGUUCAACGGCUGCACCGGCAUCAUGGCCGGCUCCAAUAUGUCAGGUGACCUGAAGAACCCCAGCUACUCCAUCCCCCGGGGCACCAUCACCGCCGUCAUCUUCACCUUCAUCAUCUACAACCUGCUCAGCAUCCUGGUGGCCUGCUCCUGUGACCGGGUCCUUCUCCAGAGGGAUUACAGCUUCCUGAGGGACAUCAACAUCUGGAACCCGUUCGUCACCGUCGGGGUUUAUUCCUCCACCCUCUCCGCCGCCAUGAGCAACCUGAUCGGAGCCUCGCGCAUCCUCUACGCGCUGGCCAGGGACGACUUGUUUGGUAAGGUGCUGUCUCCGGCGAAGAAGACGUCCCGCAGCGGAAACCCCUGGGUGUCUGUGCUCCUCUCCUGGUUCCUCGUGCAGCUGGUGCUUUUCUCCGGGAAGCUGAACACCAUCGCCAGCAUCGUGACCAUCUUCUUCCUGCUGGUGUACGCGGCCGUGGACCUGGCCUGCCUCGCCCUGGAGUGGGCCUCCGCGCCCAACUUCAGGCCCACCUUCCGUUACUUCACCUGGGACACCUGCGUGCUGGGCAUCGUGGGGUGCGCCGUCCUGAUGUUCCUCAUCAACGCCAUCUACGCCUCGGCCAGCAUCGCCUUCAUGCUGCUGCUGCUGCUGCUGAUCCACUACCUCAGCCCCACCUCCAGCUGGGGCUACAUCAGCCAGGCGCUCAUCUUCCACCAGGUGCGGAAGUACCUGCUGAUGCUGGACGUGAGGAAGGACCACGUUAAGUUCUGGAGGCCUCAAGUCCUGCUGAUGGUGUCCAACCCUCGCAGCAGCGUCGGCCUCAUCAGGUUCAUCAACGACAUCAAGAAGAGCGGCCUCUACGUGUUGGGACACGUGGAGCUCGGAGACCUCAACAAGCUGCCGUCGGACCCCCUGCAGUCCAAGUACGACUCCUGGCUGUCGCUGGUGGACCACCUCAACAUCAAAGCCUUCGUCAACUUGACGCUGGCCGACUCGGUGCGUCACGGCGUCCAGCACCUCCUCUUCAUCUCUGGACUAGGCGGGAUGCGUCCCAACACCCUCGUCCUCGGUUUCUACGACGACGGCCUCCCGAGGGACAAGCUGAUCGAUCCGUUGCUCGCCGCCGGCCAGCCCGCGGACCCCUCAGAAUCCGAGGGGCAGCCCGCCCUCUUCCACUUCUCGACCCUGCGGGGGUCCGGCGACGGGCGGGACCUCGGCGAGUCGGGCGACGGGAAGGUCCUCGGCCCCCAGGAGUACGUGUCCGUCAUCGCCGACGCCAUGAAGAUGCUGAAGAACGUGGUGCUCGCCCGGCACUUCAACGACUUUGACCGCGGCCGCGUCCUCUCCGGGGCCGAAGGGGCGCUGUACGUCGACGUCUGGCCCGUCAACCUGCUGCGCCCCGACAGCUGCAGCUACGUCGACACCUGCUCCCUCUUCCUGCUGCAGCUGGCGUGCAUCCUCAACAUGGUGCGCGCAUGGCGCCGGGCCACGCUCCGCCUCUUCCUGUGCGUGGAGGAGGGGCGGACGGUGAGGGGCUCGGAGCAGAAGCUGGGCCAGCUGCUGAAGGAGCUGCGCAUCAAAGCUCAGGUGUACUCUGUGCCCUGGGACCAGCAGGUGGCGCUCCACUGGCAGCGGCAGGGCGAGUGGGGCAAGAAGCCGCCUCCGCCGCCGCCGUCCCCCGGCGAGGAGAAGGAGCGGCGGGCGGAGCAAGAGGAGGAGAACGACGACCAGUACGCCAACAGCUUCCCGAGCAACGCCACGCGCCUGUCGGACGACUACCUGUCCGCCGUCAACCGGCUGAUCCUGGACUCGGCCCGGCCGCCGCCCGCCGUGCGUUUCCUGUACUUGCCCCGCCCGCCGGCCGACACCCGGCGCUACACCACCUACCUGCAGCAGCUGCAGCUGAUGACGCGGGACCUGGGCCCCACGCUGCUCAUCCACGGGGUCACGCCCGUCAUCACCACGGACCUCUGAGGGGAGGGGCUCUCCGCGGAGGUCGCGCGGUUUGAUGGUGAAACUACUGAAACAUGUUUACGGUGCCAGAAACUACUGUGAUUAUACGCGUAGUGUAUUUUAGGUUUAUUACGUUUAUUAAGAGAUUUUACUGACUCGUGAUCCAGCAGACCAACGAACAGGUGCUAGCUACAGCUAACAUCGGCUAACAUCGGCUAACAUCGGCUAACAUCAGCUAACAUCUGCUAGCAUUAGAGAGCAUCAGCUAACAUCUGCUAGCAUUAGAAAGCAUCAGCUAACAUCUGCUAGCAUUAGAAAGCAUCAGCUAACAUCUGCUAGCAUUAGAGAGCAUCAGCUAACACCUGCUAGCAUUAGAGAGCAUCAGCUAACAUCUGCUAGCAUUAGAGAUUAUCAGCUAACAUCUGCUAGCAUUAGAGAUUAUCAGCUAACAUCUGCUAGCAUUAGAGAGCAUCAGCUAACAUCUGCUAGCAUUAGAAAGCAUCAGCUAACAUCUGCUAGCAUUAGAGAGCAUCAGCUAACAUCUGGUCAGAACGAGUGUCUCGUUUCUCUGUAGAAGUUUUGUAGCAUUUUGUUUGCCGCUCGCUGCGUUGAUGCACUCUGUCGUCUCCGAUGGUUAAACUCUUAUUUUUGUUGGUACAUCGUCAGUUUAUAAACCACCGUUUGGUCGAAUAGAUUUUAUAAUAAAAUAUAUACAUCUAUAUCUUUCUCCCCACCCAGAUUGUUUUUACGUCGCUCAGUGGAGGCGGGGCGUUGCCAUGGCAAUCAGUUUGGAAUUACAAUGAAGCAUCAGAACGAUGUCAGUCGCGGGUUUUAUUAUAAGAUAAAUGAUCUUUCAGUCUCAAUCGUGGUGACAAUGUACCUGCAGGAAAGGGGCGGAGCUUUGACUGUUUGCACACUACACACCUGGACACGCCGUCAGUCACUACAUCGCCAACCGCUGUCCUGAGAAGCACAAACAACAACAACAAUGAUGAGGACUCGUUGGAGUGAUGAAAUGCUCAAAUGUAUCUGUAGUUUAGAAGAUGGAAUCUGAUGUGACGUGAACAAAGAAUUAAACGGUUUGUAUUGUG